CGGAAGCGGGCGAGGGCGCUGACGCGGCGGGGCGCGCGCCGGGCGGCCAUGGAGGCGGACGGGGAGCAGCUGGGCGCGCGGCCGGCGCUGGAGAGCGAGGGGCUGCGCGUCCUGCACGUCACGGUAGGCUCCCUGCUGGCCACCUACGGCUGGUACAUGGUGGUCGCCUGCGUCCUGCUCUACGCGCUCGUCCAGAAACUCUCCACGCGACUGCGGAGCCUGCGACAGACACGGCUGGACCGAGCGGCUGCCGAAGUGGAACCAGAUGUAGUGGUGAAGCGACAGGAGGCUUUGGCCGCUGCUCGUCUGAGGAUGCAGGAAGAAUUAAACGCUCAAGUGGAAAAGCAUAAAGAAAAACUGAAGCAGCUGGAGGAGGAGAAGAGGCGGCAGAAAAUCGAGCUGUGGGACCGCAUGCAGGAGGGGCGGAGCUCCCGGGCCAGCACCAGGAGGCCUCAGGACGAAGACAACCCUGGGCCUUCAGCGGCUUCAGCGCCCCCAAAACGCAAACCGGACCGGAAGCCCCUACGGGCCAGCGGUUACAACCCGCUGUCCGGCGAAGGUGGGGGCUCCUGUAGCUGGCGGCCAGGACGCAGGGGCCCGUCGUCGGGGGGAUGAGGCUAAGACUCCGGUCAGCGUCGCCAGGACGCUGGCCGCCCUCGCCCUCCGCAGGUGCCUUACACGUGCUUUUCACAGCGACUCACCACAGGGAGUGGACACACCCUGCACCUCGUGGGACUCCAGUCAGCAGUGGGGGCAGCACCAACCUUCCCCCCCCCCCACUGCGGCGACGGCCCACUUGGGGCCAGGGGCUGUUGCUGGUUGGGAGGUGGACGCCUCGGACUGGCCUCGGCUCUGCAGCGGGUGGAAGAUCUGGAUCCAGAAGCUCCCUCCCCCGGCCCAAGCGCCUGCCGCUGCCGGGGGCCCGUCUCUGUGAGAGGUGACGAAUGACGUCGUCCUCGGAAAUGGUGUGCCACCAGCGAGGACCACCGAUGAAGACACUCCUGGGCGCCCUGCCUGUUCGUGUGUCCUGUCCCCGCUCGGGAGAGCCUGCGCGCGGCAAACCAGCAGCAUCCCAGACAGGGCAAAGGCCACUU